AUGGGGGCGGUGCGGAGGAGGCGCUGGGGGGUGGCCGUGCUGCUGGCGGCUUACGUGGGCUACCUGGGCAUGGGCGCCGCCGUGCUGCAGGCGCUGGAGCGGCCGGUCGAGGUGCAGGUGGCCCGGCGGCUCCUGCGGGAGUACCUGGGGCUGCUGGCCAACCACAGCUGCCUGCGGGAGCCCGCGCUGCAGCGGCUCAUGGAGGGUAUCAUCCAAGCCUACAAGAGUGGCAUAACCCUCCAGGGAAACACCACUAGCCUGGGCAGGUGGGACUACAGUGGGUCUUUCUUCUUCUCCAUCUCUGCAAUAACAACCAUUGGCUAUGGGAACCUGAGCCCCAGCACUGCAGUUGGUCGGAUCUUCUGCAUCGUGUUUGCACUUUUUGGGAUCCCCUUGAACCUUGUACUCCUGAAUGAAAUUGGGCAGCUGAUGCUGCUUGGGGUUCAGCAUUGUGCCCGCCGCCUAGAGGAGGUGUUGCACUGGCAGAAUAAAGCUUCCUUCCUGAUGAAGACCUGUGCACUGGUAACUGGCUUGUUAUUGUUCCUCCUGCUACCUCCCCUGUUGUUCUCUGACAAAGAAGGCUGGUCUUAUGAAGAAGGCUUCUACUAUUCUUUCAUUACCCUCAGCACUAUAGGGUUUGGAGACUAUGUGAUUGGGAUGAACCCAGAUCGCACCUAUCCAAGCUGGUACAAGAAUGUAAUCUCUCUGUGGAUCCUCUUUGGGAUGGCCUGGCUAGCACUGGUUAUCAGAUUUUGCAUCAACAUUCUAGAGAGCUCCAGUGACUUCUGUCAAUGCAACAAGACAAACACGGUGAUGGCAGAAGACUUAAUGGAUGGUAACAAAAAUAAUAUAACUGGACUUCAAAAUGUGGAGAUCUGCACUGACAAAGACAAAACGAAAGCAGCAGUUGAAUCUCAUUCUUACACAGCUCCUACAGAAGCCCUCUGGGAAAGAAAAAUAUCCUCAGUGUCCUGUAGGUUUUAA